AUGUCUGACUCUUCCCGUGGCUCAGGUGCUCAGACGGGUAGCCAAGAGACUUCGCCAGGGCAAUCACCAAGUUCUUCGCCUCCUUCCCCCCCUCCGACAAGUUCGCCUCAACCUCCACCCCCUUCGACAUCGUCGCCGUCGCCGUCGCCCUCAACGCCGCCGCCGCCGCCGCCGCCGCCCGCGACGACAUCAUCAACCUCCACGCCGCCACCGCCGCCGCCUGCAACUUCCUCGCCAUCGCCUUCCAGUACCCCCCCGCCAGCUACUUCAACACCAGCUCCUACGCCCACUUCAACACCUCCAACGCCCAGCACCCCCCCGCCGGCACCGACAACAUCUACUUCCGAGCCUACGACCUCCAGCUCGACAACUCUUACCGUUACUCCGUCGGUGACAACCACUGAGGUUGUUGUUUCCACAACAACCCCGACGACUGGACGAUCAACGACGACUUCUGCAAGUGUAUCAAGCACUUCAACCGCCACGCCCAUCGACCCGGCCGGCGAUGGAAACGGCGCUGGUCUCAGCCAAGGAGCCAAGGUUGCGGUUGGAGUAGUUGUUCCUAUUGCCGCAAUUGCGCUGUUGGCUCUCGUGGGCCUGUUCUGGUGGCGAAAGAGACGGGCUCGCCAGGAAUCUGAGGAAGAACGUCGAAAGGAGGUCGAGGACUACUCCUACAAUCCCAAUGCCGACCCUACAAUUCCAGCUGUCGGACUGGGUACGGAUGCCUACGAGAUGAGGGAUGAAGGCGGCUCGGGAUACCGUGGCUGGGGCUCAACUACCGCAGCAGGUUCCAUGGGCCGCAAGACUUCGACCACAAUGUCCGGCGGCAUGACGGCGGGCGCCUUCUCUGACGGCGGCGGACACGGCCGUGGAAACCACUCGGAAACGAAGACUGAUCCUACCAUGGAUGGUUCCUCAUCUCCAGAGGGCGAAAUCCUGGGUGCCAUGGGUCCUUCGGCCGCAAACAAUCGACUUGGUGAUGUUCGCCGUGGCCCAUCAAACGCUUCGUCCUCGUAUAGCACAACAGGUCGAUCCGAGGGCUCAGAUGUCGGAAUCUAUGCCAGUGGCAACGGUUAUUACGACCAGUAUGGCCAGAACCCUUAUGCGGACCAGAGGGCCCAGGAACUCGGCGGCCAAGCUGUCAUCAAGGAUAACCCGGCACGACGCAACACGCGCAUCGAGAACCCAUCCCACUUCCCUCAGCAGAGCGCCGGCAUUGCCCAAAACUUUUGA